CCAGAGCGUGUGAACCUUUUCAGUCUGGGCUCGCAGCUCCUCUCCAACCUGCGCCGCCCCAGCUGGGCCGCUCCGCCCCACUGCCGGAACCCGCCCUCGCGGCCACCUGGCCCUCGCAUCCACGACACGCGCGCCUGCAACUUGUUCAAGGGCGUUGUGGAAUCAACUUUCCGGAAGCAACCAGCCCACCGGAGGAGGUAGAUCGACAGCUAUGUAUAUAUACGCGCUCUCCCGCAAGUGGCUGUGCACCCAGAGUCCCGGAACGCAGGGCAGCUGACUCCCGCGGGACAUUCGCAUUUGAGGAAGGGGUUAGCCCUGCCCCACGAACCCCAGACCGCUGCCGCCAAGACUAAUUAGACAUUGCUAUGGGAGCCACGGCGACGCGCCACGCAUCCCCGAUGCCUAAGUAAAACGCUCCGGUUUUCGGUCCUUCUUUCCGAGGAAGCUCUCCGGUUGCUUUUUCCCCUCUCCAGUCUCUUUUACCCCGUGUGGUUUGGGAGAGGCACAGUUGGAGGCGCUGAUUCCUACAGAAGUCCCAGAGCCAGCGAGCGGCAAGAUGCUGCGGCGGCUGGUUCAGCAAUGGAGCGUCCUGGUGUUCCUGCUCAGUUACUCCAUGCCCUCCUGUGGGCGCUCCGUGGAGGGGCUCAGCCGCAGGCUCAAGCGGGCUGUGUCAGAACACCAGUUACUGCACGACAAGGGCAAGUCCAUCCAAGACUUACGCCGCCGCUUCUUCCUCCACCACCUGAUCGCUGAGAUCCACACAGCCGAGAUCAGAGCUACCUCGGAGGUGUCCCCCAAUUCCAAGCCUGCUCCCAAUACCAAAAACCACCCUGUGCGGUUCGGCUCAGACGAUGAGGGCAGAUACCUAACUCAGGAAACCAACAAGGCGGAGACCUACAAGGAACAGCCGCUCAAGACGCCAGGGAAGAAGAAGAAAAGCAAACCCGGGAAGCGUAAGGAGCAGGACAAGAAGAAGCGAAGGACUAGGUCUGCCUGGCCAGCCACAGCCGCCAGCCGCCUGCUGGAGGACCCCAGGCCUCACACCUCCAAACCCUGGCUGCUGGAGCCCAGCUCAAGAGAAAAGGGUGAGAUCCACCAGUGCGCUGCUCAGAAUAUGCAGGUGACAUCUUCAGAGUAG